ACAAAAAUACGUGGAUCAAAACUCUACUUGUUUUUUUGAUAUAAAAACCUUAGUAACAUGGGAUUACUUUGUCUGUGUUGAGCCAGAAAGUUUUACAAUGCAUCGCCCUGGUGCAUCAUUAAUCUGUUCUACAUCCCUGUAAGUUUGUGAAAAAUAUAUUCUUCUUGUAAAUGAAAAACAUAAAUUAGUCUUGCUACACAAGCAGCUCUGUGAAGUUGGUUCUGUAUCUUUAAAUGACUCAGAUUUGCUGCUGCAUGAGAGCAAUGUUUGUUCAGCGGUCUGCAAAACAAUUAAUCAUGAUACGUGUUUUGUGUUCUGGGGUCACGUAAGCACAACCUAUUGUUUGCUUUAACAGUAAUUUGGGAAAUGUUAAAAAAAUGAAAACAACUACUGAGAGAGAGGAUGUUUGAUAAGAGCAUUUUGGGGAGUAUUUAGAUUGUAAUUUCUGUUUCAUGAUCAUCUCAUUUCAAGACAAUUACAACAGCUUAACAUCAAACCAAAGAGAGAAAGGAGAAUGUUACAAGAUGCCAAAAGCUGAUUACCUGAAGAACAGGAAACCAUCAAACUUUCCUCCAGGACCAAGAGCUCUUCCCUUCGUGGGAAAUAUCUUAACUUUGGACAGCAAGCAUCCACACGUUUAUUUCACCAAGCUGGCUGACCUCUAUGGCAGCGUCUUCAGAGUCCGCCUCGGCUGGGAUACGUUGGUGAUAUUGAGCGGAUAUAAGAUGGUGAAAGAGGCCAUUGUGACGCAAGCUGAGAACUUUGUGGACCGGCCGUACAAUGCAGUCGCUGACAGAUUUUGCAAUGACCCCUCAGCCGGUCUAUUCUUGAGCAACGGUGAAAAAUGGCAGAGGCAGCGACGUUUUGCGUUGUCUACCUUACGUAACUUUGGUCUGGGGAAGAACAUGCUGGAGCUCAGCAUCUGUGAGGAGAUCCGACACCUGCAGGAGGAAAUAGAGAGUGAGAAAGGUAAACUUUUCAGCCCUGCAGGCCUCUUCAACAACGCUGUGUCCAACAUCAUCUGCCAGCUUGUCAUGGGGAAAAGAUACGACUACUCGGACCACAAGUUUCAGACGAUGCUGAAGUACAUGUCUGAGGUGAUUUGGCUGGAGGGGAGCAUUUGGGGCGAACUUUAUCAGGCAUUCCCCAGCGUGAUGAAAUAUUUGCCAGGUCCUCACAACAAAAUCUUCAGGAUUUACUCCAGCAUACAAGAUUUCCUUCUUGAGGAAAUACAAGAGCACAAGAAGGAUUUGGACCGCGACCACCCUGGAGACUACAUUGACUCUUUUCUCAUUGAGAUGGAGAACCAAAAAGACUCUAACCUGGGCUUCACAGAGAGCAACCUGGCUUCCUGCUCUCUUGACCUCUUCCUAGCAGGAACAGAAACAACAGCGACCACGCUGCUGUGGGCUUUGAUUUUCCUAAUUAAAAACCCCGAUGUCCAAGAGAAAGUCCAAGCAGAGAUUGAUAGAGUGAUCGGACAGAGUCGUCAACCCUCCAUGGCCGACAGACAGAACCUGCCGUACACUGAUGCUGUGAUCCAUGAGAUCCAGAGGAUGGGGAACAUUGUUCCUCUGAACGGAUUCAGGGUCGCUGCCAAGGAUACAACUCUGGGUGGUUACGUCAUACCAAAGGGAACAUCUGUGAUGCCCAUGUUGACAUCCGUACUGUUUGACAAAUCUGAAUGGGAAACUCCAGACACCUUCAACCCUGGACACUUCCUGGAUGCCAAUGGGAAGUUUGUGAAGAGAGAAGCAUUCAUACCAUUCUCUGCAGGGAAACGUGUGUGUCUUGGUGAAGGCCUCGCUAAGAUGGAGCUGUUCCUGUUUUUGGUCGCCUUACUGCAGAAAUUUUCUUUCUCUGUUCCUGAUGGAGUUGAGCUGAGCACUGAAGGAAUCACCGGAGCGACGCGCGUACCUCACCCCUUCAAAGUGUCUGCUAAGGCUCGCUGACAGAUCCACCAUCACUGUUUGUUCUCAAGAGAAGAAUAAGUACAAUGUAGAAAAAGCUCUUGAAAGUCUUAGCAGUGCUUCUUAUUCAGCAAGACUCUGAUUGUAUGCAUCUCCACUUUAUAAUCUGGUUUUAUGUAACAAUAUAUCUUAUCAGCAAACCAUGCAACACACUGUGACCUGCUGAUUCCUGCUGGGAGCUCAGGAGCAAGAAACUCUAGAUGGCAGACAAAAAACAAUUCACAAGUCAUUAAAAUACUCCUGUUGAUUACAAAAUAUGACAACUUAUAAAAUUGUGAAGUAAAGAUUUACAAACAUGUUAUUUGAUGUGUUUCCCACUGCGCUGAAUUAACAAAGCAGAAAGAUGAAACGUCUGUCAUUUUUAAUUGUAAAUGUUGUUAGGUUUUUAAAGAUUGGUAAACUCUUUGAUCAUACACCACACUCCAAACUCAUUGGCACCCCUACGGAGAAAACCCAUUUCGGCUGAUUGUAUCCGUGAUCAGGUUCUUUCAGUCACGACCCAAAGCUCAUGACCAUAGAUGAGGGUGGGAACGAAGAUGAACCGGUAAAUCGAGAGCUUCGCUUUUUGACUCAGCUCUCUGUUCACCACGACGGACCAGUACAAUAUACUACUCUUAUAUCACUGUUAACAUGAGGGGAAUGCUUUUGAGAGAAAGUGGUUUGGAUAGUCUAUUGUCCACAAGAAAAGAAUUUGAAUAUUGAAACAUGUAAUACUUUUGUUGCUUAAACAAAAUUAGACUUAUUGUGUGGAGUUAACAUUAUCUUAUUAUGAAUUAUAAUGUAUGUACUGCUGGAGAAUAAAGGUUCUCUUUUGUCACUCAUACAGAAAUAUGUCUAAGAUUUCAGGAAGUAACAUUUAAAUAAAUUGGACAUGGUUUAAUUUCUGUGUGGAAAAAGGUAAAACAAAUAAAAGACAGAGAAAGAUAAAUGUCCAUUGUUCAGCUGCCUAAUAAAGUGCUUUGUACAUUAAA